UGCAUGAGGAACCGUGUCUUUCUUUUACCUAUGCUUGUCAAUAUGUCAAAAAUCAUGAUAAUUUCCUAGUCAUAUGAACUGUAUGUGAAUCGUCGUCCUGUCGGAAUCCUAUUUAUUAUAUGAUAACUAUUGCAUGUAUUUUAACUCCGCCUACUUUUUCUGGUGCAAUCGUUGAAACACACGGUUAAUAAUCUAAAUAAUAAUGAAUUCUCAUCCGGAUUUUCGGCGUCCCGAUAGAAUAAAUCGGUAUAAGCCACCAACGACAAAUGGACAAGGUGAAACAAAUGAGGAUUUAACACCAGAUUAUAUGAACAUAUUGGGUAUGAUAUUCUCCAUGUGCGGUUUAAUGAUGCGUUUAAAAUGGUCUGCAUGGUUGGCUCUAUACUGCUCUUGUAUAUCCUUUGCUAACUCUCGGGUUAGUGAUGAUGCCAAACAAAUUUUGAGUUCGUUUAUGUUAAGUGUUAGUGCAGUAGUCAUGUCAUAUUUACAAAAUCCUACUCCGAUGUCACCUCCUUGGGCACAAACGUAAUUACAAAUAAAUGCACUAUAAGUGGUUUUAUAAUAUU